ACAAUUCUUUUCUGUUCUCCCCAAAAACAACAUUACAAGGAAUUUGAUAAGAUGGUGGGAACAACAAUACAAUUAAUGCCAGUAUGGUCAUGGAAUGAGGUCAAUGAAUGCAGGAUUGGUAUGUUCAAUCAUCUUGAAGAAGCAAAGGUUGAGGAUUUCUACUCACGCUGGGGAGGGAUUCCUCGAUUCAUCCUAGAAAAGGCUCUAGAUUCCUCUCAGCAAAAACAUCUUGAAGAUGCAAUUAGCAAGAGUAAUGGGAGAUUAUUUGAAUUUGUUGGAGAAAUUGACCAUGCUGAUGAUGUCAGUCACAGGAUCAUUCAUAUCCACACAAAUCUACCCAAUGAAGAUGGAGGAGAGAACAAAGAGUGUGAAGAGGCUCCCUACAUUCAAAAGUUCAUACGAUUUGCAUCUGAAUGGGUGGCUGAAAAAGUGAUGGACAAACUUGAAAGGAAUUACAGUCAACA